UUCCACUUUUAGCCACUGGGGCGCAGUUUUUUGUUUCUCCAGCUGACUUUAGCUUUCAUAUAUAGAAACUUCUUGGAACGAUAAAAAUCGAAGAAUACCGCAGCAUCACAGAUUUUGUUAAAGCCCUUAACAUAAACAUAUAAAAAAGUAAAAAUCCUUCCACCUUUUAGGGUUUUCUUGCGUAAAAUACUUCCAAAGAAUCACACUAAUUUAAAGGAGUUCGCCAAAAAUGGAAGAUUUCUAAAAAAGUGGACGGGCAGUAAACAACAGAAGCUAGCCGGGCAUGGAGGAUCCAAAUGGCCAUGCAUUGUCAAGCUCAGAGACUGACUUGGCCGUGCAAAGCUCAGCGCAGAAAUUGGAUGGUGCUACCAACGAAACCAUUGGGUAUGGAAGGUUGCUAAAGCCCGUAAAGGCGGACAACCCAAUUGUUUACAUGGACAUUAAUAUUGGCAAGGAAGACGCUGGGCGCCUGAUAAUUGAACUGCGCAGGGAUGUUGUUCCCAGGACAGCGGAAAAUUUCCGCGCGCUUUGCACUGGCGAGUGCGGUGUAGGAAAAAUGGGCAAACCGCUGCACUACAAGGGCACAAAAUUUCACAGAAUCAAACGCGUGUUUGCCGUUCAGAGUGGGGAUGUUGUCAACAAUGAUGGAACCUCCGGGGAAAGUAUCUACGGCCCAGUAUUCGAAGACGAGAACUUCGAACUUAACCACAAUGAUGAGGGUGUGGUUAGCAUGGCGAACUAUGGAAAACCCAACUCCAACAACUCCCAAUUCUUCAUCACUGCCGUGGGUUGCGAAAAUCUUAAUGGAAUUAACGUGGUGGUUGGUCGAGUGUUACGCGGCCUUGGCAUUGUUGCCGAAAUGGAGCAAAACUGCAACGACGAAGGUGACCCGACCGCAGAGAUUGUGAUCCGGAACUGCGGCGAAUUAGCACCUGGUGAGGAUUGGGGCAUCGAGUGCUGCGACGAAACAAAAGACAAACUGCCACCAUAUCCGCAAGACUGGAAUCGCAAAAAUGAUAAAUUUUCAUCGGACGCGGUCGUGGAGCUGCUGACGGGCAUUCGCCAAUCGGGUAAUCACUUCUAUCAGCUCGGUCGCUAUCAUGAAGCCCGUGCCAAAUACCGCAAGGCUAGUCGCUACUAUCUAUACCUAAACAAACAGUUCGGCUGGCAGCAGCUGAACCACUUCAAGAAGCACUUAGGUGACGCGGAUCUACGCAAGAUUGACGCAUUCUCAGUGGUGAACAACAUCAAUGCAGCUGCGGUGGACUUGAAAUUAGGAAACUAUGCAAGUGCCAAAUACGACUGUUCAGAGGCCAUUCGCCUGGAUCCAAAGUGCAGUAAAGCCUUCUACCGACGGGGACAGGCCCAAAGGGGUCUUAAGAACUACGAGGAGGCCAUUAACGAUCUGAAGGAAGCCCACAGGCUGCUGCCGGAGAACAAGCAGAUCGUGAACGAACUGAACAGCACUAAACAGCUCCUGGCAGAGUACAAUCGUCAGCAGCGAAAUGCGCUCAAAAACUUAUUUGCCUAGCCUUUAAAAGCACAACUUUUAAUAUUCAUUAUAUUAAGGGAUCGUUUUGAAUAUAAGUCUGAAUGGCUUGUUUGUAUGUAAAUAAUUUAAAUAAAUGUUCUGUUUUACAAAGAG